AGUUAUAAGAAAUAUGAGGUCCUUUCUGCUGAUGCUAUUCUUUGGCAUCCACCUUGCCUCAGCAGGAAUCCACUCACUGAAGUAUUACUUCACUGCUACAUCUGAGGUGCCAAACUUCCCAGAAUUUGUUGCUGUUGGAAUGGUUGACGACAUUCCAAUCGUUUACUACGACAGCAAUUCUCCCCAAGCUACUCCUAAACAGGACUGGAUGCACCGGGUGACGAGAAAGCACCCUCAGUACUGGGAAAAGGAGACUGGCAGUUUCUCGGGCGCACAGGAGGCCUUUAUAACAAACAUAGACACCGCAAAGCAACGGUUUAACCAAACUGGAGGUGUACACACAGCUCAGAAGAUGUUUGGCUGUGAAUGGGAUGAUGGGACUGGAGAGGUAAAAGGUUUUAAUCAACACAGAUAUGAUGGGGAAGAUUUUAUAUCUCUGGAUCUGGAGAACAAGGUAUGGGUCGCUGUAGUACCACAGGCUCUCCUCACUAAACAGAAGUGGGACGUUAACACAGAUGGACUGGACAGUGAAAAACAGUACCUGCAGCAGAUCUGCAUUGACUGGCUAAAGAGAUACAUGUGCUAUGGGAGGGGCACUCUGGACAGAAAAAUCUCUCCUGAGGUGUCUCUGUUGCAGAAGGAUCCCUCUUCUCCAGUGGUGUGUCACGCUACAGGUUUCUACCCUAGACAAGUAAUGAUGUCCUGGCUGAAAAAUGGAGAGGAUCUUAAUGAAGAUGUGGAACUAGGAGAGACUUUGCCCAAUGAAGAUGGAACCUUCCAGAAGAGCAUCAGACUGACAGUCUCAGCUGAGGAGCUGAGCCAGCAUCAGUACUCCUGUGUCGUAGAUCACAUGAGCCUCCAAGACAAGACUGUCAAGACUUGGGGAGAGAACGAAUUUAUGGAUAAGCAAAGGGAUCCUGACAACAUCAGCAUCAUCAUCAUCACUGUGGCUGCAGCCCUUCUCAUCCUCAUCUCUGUUAGUGUUCUGUUCUUCAUAUGGAAAAGAUCCAUGAGUGGCUAUGGGAAAACAAACAACACUGAUUCAGACAAGUCUGAGUGGCCUGCCCAGAAAGCCUGAUCUCUUGGAUCAAUGAGAGGAAGACCUGAUACAGAGAACACACUGUCAAUCUCUCUCACACUCACACACAAAGCAAAUAUAUGUACACACACACAGCUUUUAAUCAUAAAUUCAUUUGCAAGCUCAUUUACAGAUUAACUACUCACUUGUAACUGCAUAACAGCUAAUGAGUACAGUAAAAUUCAGCUUCAUUCUUUUGCUAAAACAUGACAAUCAGCUCAUAUCAGUAUUGUAAAUGUUUUGGUGUGUGGACCAGUAAUCUGCACUGAGUCCUGUGCUGGUGAGAAUUGGGUCAUAACAGUAAAAAUGAAGGUGUCUAUAAAGCAAACAUUUCACUUUGUUACCUCAGAUCUGAAACACACAACAAACUGUUGUCUUGUAGUGGUUGUGUAUACUUUUGACUGGUAACACAGUGAAGACAUUGGCUGCUCUCCUCCCAUGGCCCCACCCACAGUAUUCUCCACUCCUCUGGCCGUCUGAGCAUGCUCCAUGUGUUGUAUCUGCUAACGGUUUUGUCAAAAGAGCUUUUAUUUGCACUUUUUCUGUUUAAUGUCUUUUCUACCAUUUACACAGAAACAGAAAUUCACACCAUUAUUAAACCAACUUUUACAUUUAAGAGAAAUGAAAUGUGAACUAUCAAAGAUAAAAAUGAAGGUGUUAUAUAUUCAUUCACUUACAUUUGAAACAUGAUGCAGAAUGAGGGAGGUUAUAGAUGUUUGCUUG